CCACCGCCACCAGCCACCAGCCCGCCACCUUCUCUAUCCGCUCGCUCUCGGUUGCCUUUUCUAUUACUACUCGUACUAAUAUUAUAGCCUACAACGGAUUGAUUACCGCAGCCGCCGUCACUGUCGGUAGCGUUUUUCUUAUCCUCUUUUUUAUUAAAAAAAACAACUCGCGUAUUACGUUGUUAUGUGUACUGAAAUAAACGUGCCGUUUUUACCAGAAUCUCAAAUUCGCCCUUAUUGCUCUUCGUCAUCGUCAUUUGUCGCCCAAAAUCGCGUAUAAUAAGUAUUAUACGAUUUCAAUUCGUCGACCAAAAGCGAGAAAUCGCUCGUGAUUAUCGCGCGCGAAUAAUUAUUAUACCUAAUAUUAUCUAUACCGGCAAUCCGCGUUUUAUUUUGCCUUUUUUCGCCUUUCGAAAUGUUAUGAAACGUGUUUUUUUUCUAUAUAUAUUUAUUAUUUAAUUCGUUUUUGUAUAAUAUUGCUGUAAUUUCGCGAAACGUUUUUUGUAUUCGUAAAUUUUCUACAAUGUUGAUCGGAGGCGCCAGUAUGCAAGAACACGAAAGAUUAUUGGAUUCGAAAAAAUCGGUGUCUUCGUCGGCCGCCGCAACUGCCACAGCUGCGGCAGCAGCAGCCGCCGCUGUCAAAGUGACCACUGAUUUUUCAAUCGCAGCUAUCAUGAAUGCAGCCGCUACCAAUGAUUCGAAUGCGAAUCGAAGACGUAUUUCUUCUUGUUCUUAUAAUGUGUAUAAAGAUACCGUCAUAUCUGCCGAAAGACUGUCAAUAUCAUUACCACCAACGCCCGAGCCUUUUAAAUCGGAAGAAGAUGAUUUUAAAAUAAAAGCUAGUGUAGCCGAAGACGAAGAAGAAGAAGAGGAAGAGGAGCAAGAAGAAGAAGAAGAAACUUCGGAAGACGUUGAAGUCGAUGUCGAAGGUUGCGGAUCGGAAAGUGACGCCGAACGCAAACGGACGCGAAAUAAUAGAAAGUUACAGUUUUCUGAAAGUGGAUCGAAUUCGGAUUCGGGCGAAGAGUCUGAUAUACGUGAUGCUGAAACUCCUGUCAUCUCUAAUAAGGAUACUACCAAAGAAGCUUGUAAUUGUAUUGAACUUUUAAAUACCGAAUGCCAUUUAGAAACUAAAGAUCUCUGGGAUAAAUUCCACGAUUUAGGAACUGAAAUGAUCAUCACUAAAACCGGCCGACGAAUGUUCCCCACGGUCAGGGUAUCGUUUACAGGUGUUAGAUCGGAUCAAAAAUAUGCAGUUUUAAUGGAUAUUAUUCCGGUAGAUAAUAAAAGAUAUAGAUAUGCUUAUCACAGAUCUUGCUGGCUUGUGGCCGGCAAAGCUGACCCGCCGGCACCGAAUAGACUAUACAUGCAUCCGGAUUCGCCAUUCAGCGGCGAUCAACUUAGAAAACAAAUUGUUUCCUUUGAAAAAGUUAAGCUUACCAAUAACGAAUUGGAUAAACAUGGUCAAAUCGUGUUGAAUUCAAUGCACAGAUACCAACCUAGAAUACAUUUAGUCAAAUACAACGAACAUAGAGGGCCCAUUGUUGAUCUAGAAGCCGAACAAUUCCGAUCAUUUGUAUUCCCCGAAACAGUUUUUACUGCCGUAACCGCGUACCAAAAUCAAUUGAUUACGAAACUAAAAAUCGAUAGUAAUCCAUUCGCCAAAGGGUUCAGAGAUUCGUCUCGAUUAACAGAUUUCGACAGAGAUCCGAUGGAGAUAAUGUUACUGGAACAACAACACUUUCUAAAAUCACCUCUGCGAUUUUUUCCCGAAAUGGAUCACGAAGCUGGCGGUAACGCGUCCACGUUCAUAGCUGCGGCUACGAUGAUAAAUAAUAUAAAUAAUGCCAGAGCACUGCAUCAGAUGUGGAGUUCGCAUACGGGAUCGACGCCUACGUCGACGUCGUCCUCUUCGCCUCAUCAUAAUUCGGAUAUGCAGGCAGCUUUUGCUUCAUCUGCUUCCAACGGUGCCGCUGUACCAUUUGCUCCACCGCUAGCUCGUUUACCAGUUCCGCUACAUCUGUGGCCUCCUUCAAAUUCGGCGGCCGCGGCGAUGCCGUGGACCAGUAUCCAACAACCAAUAGGAUUACUACGUACGCAGCCACCGCCUUCUUUGAUAUCUCGCAAUAAUUGUACUUCACCAAUUCCAUCUGAUUUAAGGUUACCCAAAUCUUCGAAUUUUCCAUCUCCUAGUCAUUUACAAUCUAAUCGUUUUAGUCCGUACCAAAGCGUACAUAAAAAAUCUACUGCCGCCGUCGAUAUGCAUAGAAACUAGUUGCGAAUUGGUUCGGUUUUGCCAAUUUUUCUUUUUCUUUCUUUUAUCUCUUUUCUUAUUUUUUCGUUCUUUCUUUCUUUUCUUUUCUUUUUUUUUUUGUAUUUCGUUGAAAAUGAUUCCGUUAAAUUUGUUGUUUUUUUGUUGUUUUUUCCUUUUAUUUAUUUUUUUAGCUUCCGGUGUUUUUUUUUGUGUGUGUACCUGCGAUAUAUAAAGAUUUAAACUGAAAUGCUACUUAGUAUGGUUGCAGAUUCGCAGAAUGAUGCUCGAUAUUGCGUAUAAUUUUUUUAUUCACGAAAUUAUUACGAGAGGUUCCUAUAAAUCGAGCAUUUCAUUUUUUAAGUGGAAAUAGUUCAACGUUCAUGAUAAAAGAUCGAUAAGUUCGAAUAUUUGGUUGGAGAAGCUUCAAAUUAAAAAAAAAAAAAAAAAAAAAAAAAAAAAA